AUGACACAGCUAGGGCCCUCUGGAACGGCGAUAGCUCCAAUGAGACGGACAUUGUCCCUUAGCCCUUCAGUCGUCGGCGCUUUUUCCAGCCUAAUUCAUCAACCUCAAGACCCUACAGAAGAGGACUAUGACAAAGUGGAGCAGCUCAUGAUUGAUCAACGCGAAGAAGACGGAAAUCGACGAUCGGGCGACUUCGGCUACAAAGAAGCAAAUCCAAUACUGUCCAAACUGGCCCAGGGCCUCAUUCCAGAUGCAACACCAGGGCUGGCUCAGGCGCUUCUAGAUUGUGGAGCCGACGUGUCCAUAGCCAAACCAAAGAGCACGAAUCUUUUCAAAGUGUUUUCUGGAAAGGACCAGAUCGAGGAACGAAGUGAUGUCCUCUCGCUAGCUACCAAGAACUGCUCAAGCGACAUCCUCAUCGUCCUUGCUCAGGAUGCGGACGAACAAGCAAUCAACGAAGCGUUGCCUGUCGCUCUUCGUAUCGCCGACCCCGUCAAGACCAGUAUUCUGCUCGCGAAAGGUGCUGAUGCCAGUCCCCAUUGCGAACUAUUUCUCAAAUGCGUCGACUCGGGACCAAUUGAUAUGGUUCUUCUACUCUUACGAGAUCUCAAAGGGGCCUGUCGCCAAUGCAAGAAUCAAGGCCUCGUGCGCGCUGCGAAGGCAGGCAGUGUAAGGAAGGCAGCUCUUCUUAUGGAAAAAGGAGCGGACAUCUCCUUCCAAGGAGGAGCAGCUCUGCUCGAAGCGACUCGGAAGGGGAAAGAGGACGUUGCUUUUGCAAUCAUUUCUCGCACCCAAACCAAGCAGCAUUCCACCCUUCUGAAAGACGCAGCAAAGUGUGCUCGCGAUCAUGGCCAACACCGAAUACAACAAGCAUGCAUCGACGCUGCUGCAAGCGACUCCGAAGCACCGAGCAACGCGACCCCGACACAAACUUUAGCUGUUGUCAACGGGACCACUGUUGACUCAGCCUCCGCAACAAGCAUCGAAAGUAUCUUGAUGUCGGCUGUCAACUCCGGUCGCCUCGAUACAAUACAGAAGCUUCUCUCUGAUGACACAUCGAGAAAGUUGUCCCCGAAGACUUUGGCUUCAGUCCUCAGUCAGGCCACCGAUUUACCUGACGUGAAGAUGGUCCAUCGUCUGAUUGAGAUGCUUCUUUCAACGGAUAUCAGAGGAGACGCCGUUUCUGACGCUCUCUGUCGCGUGUUGAGUAGGUCAAUACCGCCUGCUAAUGAAGAGGAUCGACUCCGAAUUAUCCAGCUGCUCCUCAAGAAAGGUCGCGCAGAUGUCAAUGCCCAAAAGGGCAACGCUGUGCUGCAGUCACUCAACCCGAAUCGAGCCAACAUACUCCGCUUACUACUGCAGCAUGACCCUUCGUUGGAUACCGUCGCAUUGUCAAUCGACGCAACAAUGAAGAUGGAUGUGGCAGCCGCACGACUUUCAACCUUGAGGCUGCUCGUCGAAGGCACCAAUAUUGCGAAGAGCGAGUACCUACAAGGCGUUGCUGUAGCUGCAGCUUCAAGAAAUCUCGCCCUGGAUGUCCUGAAGUAUCUGUCCGAAUUUAUCACCUCUCCCACGAUCUUUAGCGGUGGGAUUAGCGCUCUGACAAAGGACGGAGAUGCAUGGGCGUCUUCAAAGGGCCUUUACAUCAUUCAAUUCCUCUUGGACCAUGGUGCAUCGGGCCCCAAGGUCGAUGGCGCGAUGGCACGAGCUGCCUGCCUCUACAAUCGCGACGCUGUCCAACUCUUAGCAACGGCAACGGACCCCGCAUCGCUAGAGCAAGUAAUGAGCUUCGUUAUUGCAGCCUCUUCGGAUUGGCAGCUGCCUGCGAAUCUCUGGCUCAUCCACUCAUUGCUCCAGUGGGGUUGCGAAGGCACCAGUGUGAACCAAGCCUUGAUCAAUGCUGCUAGCGCACAUGUUGACGGCCAUGAGCGGGAGCAUCUUAUCGAAACACUGCUUCGAGUUGGCCGGGGUGCUGAUGUGAACGACCAAGGCGGCAAAGCUUUGCAAAUUGCGGCGAGACGUGGCAACAUAGCCCUUUUGAAGAAGCUGGGCUUGAACAACGCCGGACGACAGGCCUUGACCAACGCAUUUCAAACGCUCAUAACAUCCAAGAUGGAUCAGGGAACAGCAUUGGGUAUUCUUGACGUUUUGAUUGCGGCCUGCCAACGGAGUCGAACGAGAUUUGACGUCGAAGCUUUGCUCCCUGACGGCUGCUUCCCCUUACAGGCAUGCAUAUCGACUCACUCAAAGGCUGAGGGGCUCGCGAGGCGUCUCAUACAGCUGGGUUGUAAGGCGAACGUUUCAAUAGGUACGAAGUUGGAUGGUGGUGAGGAAUGGGUACCCCUUCUUGUAUGGGCACUCUUCCAGAACGACAAACUUGAUAUUGCGCCAUCAAUGCUAGCGGUUCUAGUUGAAGCACAUCGAGAUGUCGUCAAUUUUCGAUCUAAGUCGGGCGUUACGCCAUUGAUAGUUGCGGCCCAGCUCGGUCUCGCAGAACUUGUUGUUAAGCUACUUCAAGCUGGGGCCAAGCCAGGUGAUCGCGACAAUACUGGUCGUACCGCACUCUUCUUCGCAUCCGGCAGAGGCAACACGGCUGCAGUUCAAGCUCUUCUCAAAGCGAAGGCUGCACCCAAUGACGGCAGUCUUCAUGAGGCAGCAAGAAACAUGCACAGCGAGGUCAUCGAAAUCCUCAUUAAGGCAAAGCAUGAACCGAACUUCCCCAGCAGCCUCCAUGAAGGACGCACGGCACUUCAAGAACUUUGCUAUCGCAGCAACUGCAGCAAUAUCUCACCCGAGCUAGAAGAUACCAUCCGCACUCUUGAAAAAGGUAAGGCGGACCCGUUCGCCCCCCACAAGGGCAUGAAUGCUCUGUUCCUGGCGCUCGAGAAUACACGACCAUACCACAUCACAAAGGCCUUGCUCGAUAUCCAGUUGUGGCGAUACAUCAACCACGACAACAAUCUUUUCACUCAUGUGGACGCUAAAUCUUCGAUCAAAUACGCCUACUCAGCCACCAUGUACUUCAAGCACAAGCUCUACCGGGGCGAUCCUAGCUAUAUCCCACACCUCAUGCGUCUUCUCACAGAGAAGUCCUGUGAAGACCGUUUCUUUGCCCGGUUUGAACCACAUCAGCUCGAGGCACUUCAGCCGGCCGGCGCCGUCGGCAUGCCAAAGGCUGUUUUGGAUGAGGAUGCUCGUCGGAGAGUGGACCAAGAGCGGAGACGCAUUCGUGAUCGAGAUCAUGCAGAUAAACUGCGACGUGAACAAGAAGAGGCGGCCCAUAGAGCAGAAAUCGAGGGUAGGCAGCAUCAGCUGAGACUCGAGCGACAGCAACAGACUAGUAUGUUUCAGGCGGCUGCGGCCGCGCAGCAAGCUGAAGCACGCAAUGCACGUUGA